GGCGGCGGCGAUGAGAGCGGGCAGUGCGAACUGCCGGAGCAGCCGCCGGCCGCCAUAGUCGGCACACAAAGCUAGUCCCAGAUUUGAGCGACGGCAAGGCACCCUAAUGAGUGAACCUCGGGAGUGCUAUGGAUUUGACUAAGAUGGGCAUGAUACAGCUCCAGAACCCCUGCCACCCCACGGGGCUGCUGCACAAAGCCAACCAGAUGCGCCUGGCGGGGACGCUGUGCGACGUGGUCAUCAUGGUGGACAGCCAGGAGUUCCACGCUCACAGGACAGUGUUAGCUUGCACUAGUAAAAUGUUUGAGAUCCUCUUCCACCGCAACAGUCAGCAUUACACCCUGGACUUCCUUUCACCAAAGACUUUCCAGCAGAUUCUGGAGUAUGCUUACACAGCCACCCUCCAGGCAAAGGUUGAAGACUUGGAUGACCUGCUCUACGCAGCUGAGAUCCUAGAAAUAGAGUAUCUAGAAGAGCAGUGCUUGAAGAUCUUGGAGACCAUCCAGGCAUCUGAUGACAACGAUGCCGAAGUCACCAUGACGGAUGGAGGUGCCGAUGAAGAGGAGGACAGGAAAUCGAGGUACAUCAAGGGGCUCUUCAUCUCCAAGCAUUCCAGCGAGGAGAGCGGCUACGCCAGCACGGCUGGGCAGAGCGGGCCGGGCGCUGUGGUGGAGCAGAGCCCCUCAGUUUCCACGUCCUUUGGCCUCUCCGCCAUGAGCCCCACCAAGGCGGCGGUGGACAGCCUGAUGAGCAUCGGGCAGUCACUGCUGCAGGGUGCUCUGCAGCACAACGUCCCCGAGGAGCCGCACGCUGCCGGCCGCCACCCCGGCCCCAGCGAAGUCAAAACCGAAGUGAUGCAGGUGGAAGAUGCCUCCAGCCAUGAGAGCCCACAGCCGGCAGAGUCGGGCGCUUCCAGCGGGGAGAAAUCCGAUGACAAGAGCAAGGAAGACCCUGGCACCCCGACCCGCAGUAGCGUUAUCACAAGUGCCCGCGAACUGCACUAUGUCCGCGAUGAGAGCACGGAGCAGCCUCCCGAGGCCACACAGGGGAUGCUGGUGGGGCCGGAGCAGUCUGCGGCUGCGAGUGAGAAGCCUUUGGGUGUCUACUCUGUGCUCCCCAACCACAAAAGUGACUCCGUGCUCAGCAUGCCGCCCUCCAUGACAUCCACCCUUCACAUGCAGCCAGCCCUGGCCGUGUCCAUGGACUUCAGCGCUUACGGAGGGCUCCUGCCCCAGGGCUUUAUUCAGAGGGAGCUGUUCAGUAAGCUCGGGGAGUUGGCAGCCGGCAUGAAAACGGAGAGCAGAGCCGUGGGCGAGCAGUGCAGUGUGUGUGGGGCAGAGCUGCCAGACAACGAGACCGUCGAACAGCACCGGAAGCUGCACAGCGGUAUGAAGACGUACGGAUGCGAGUUGUGCGGGAAGCGGUUUCUGGACAGCUUGCGGCUGCGAAUGCACUUACUGGCACACUCAGCGGGUGCCAAAGCAUUUGUCUGUGAUCAGUGCGGUGCGCAGUUCUCAAAAGAAGAUGCCCUGGAGACACACAGGCAGACACAUACUGGUACAGACAUGGCUGUCUUCUGCCUGCUCUGUGGCAAGCGCUUCCAGACACAGACCGCCUUGCAGCAGCACAUGGAGGUGCACGCCGGGGUGCGCAGCUACAUCUGCAGUGAGUGCAACCGCACCUUCCCCAGCCACACUGCCCUCAAGAGGCACCUGCGCUCCCACACAGGCGACCACCCCUAUGAAUGCGAGUUCUGCGGCAGCUGCUUCCGGGACGAGAGCACGCUGAAGGGCCACAAGCGCAUCCACACCGGGGAGAAGCCCUACGAAUGCAACGGCUGCGGCAAGAAGUUCAGCCUGAAGCACCAGCUGGAGACCCACUACCGCGUGCACACGGGUGAGAAGCCCUUUGAGUGCAAGCUGUGCCACCAGCGCUCCCGGGAUUACUCGGCCAUGAUCAAACACCUUCGGACCCACAACGGCGCUUCCCCAUACCAGUGCACCAUCUGCCUGGAGUACUGCCCUAGCCUCUCCACCAUGCAGAAGCACAUGAAGGGCCACAAGCCAGAGGAGAUCCCCACCGACUGGAGGAUAGAGAAGACCUAUCUCUACCUCUGCUACGUCUGAGGGACAUGGAGGGGACGCGGGGCUGAGUCGUGGAGGACUGGGCAAAAAAAAAAAAUGCAUCGUCCAUGGCCUUUUGUUUCCAUUUUUCGUUUGUUGCUGGAAGGAUCCCUCACUGGGUUGAGGAUGGGGAGGUGCGGGCACGUGGUGCUCACUGUGCUCACAGCGUGGGGGUCACAUGCUGGGAAUGCCUGGGGGCUGCGAUCCGCCCUUUCCCACCCAUGGCCCCUUCCCCUCCCCAGCCCCUUGGCACUCUAUGGGGUGCACAUCCCCUGACCCCACUCCCUUCACCACCGCCAACCAGCAGCCAUCCCACCCCGUGCAGGUGGCACUGGGUUGAUUGUGUGCGAGCAGCAUAGUUUGUGCCUCACCCCGACAUCGUGCGUGUGAGCAGCGAUUUGGGAAUGCUUUAAUUUCAUUUUUCUCCUUUCUAUCCCCAUCAGUGACCCCUUUGGAGGAGCUGUUGUGGACCCCUCUGGGCGAGGCGGUGACCCUUGGGCUCAGCCCCACGUUGAGUGGGAGAUCAGCACCCCGCAGGUGGGACAGCAGCCGGGGCUGCGCUCACCCAUUGGGCCCUACUGGGGGUUGUUGUGGGGUGCUGCCGGAGCUCCCACGGCUUUGACAGAAAUCUGGAGCAAAAACCUCUGGUUUGCAGGGGCUGCGUGAGGCCGCGAUCCUCCUCCUGACCAAAGACCUUUCUAUGCAUUUCUUUUUCCUUUUCUUCUUAUUCGGGAGGGGAAGACGAAGCCUUCAGCAGGAGGAUGAAGCUGGGGGCUGCGUGCUGCUCCCUGUCCCCAUUGGAGCUGCAGCUCCUGUCCCGCAGUGCCCCCGGCCCUGGGUGAGCUGUGGCAAUGCUGGGCCAGGAGAUUCUCUCUUUUCUUCUUUGUGUUUUCGGGUGCUUGGAAUGUGCCAACACUUUUUUUUUUUUGCCCAGCCCUCAACUCCCAAAAUCUGCGGUGGAGCGGACGGUAACAAAUGGCUUUGCUCUGUUUUGGUUUGGGUGUUGUUGUUAUGUUUUUUUUUUCUUUUGCUUUUGGUUUGUUUUUAAAAGUUUUUUGACUC